UCGUUUUGUUAAAGACAUCAUCAGCUUCUGUUUUCCAACUCGGUCCCAAAGGCAAAGCUUCCGUUUCCACAAGAAAUCAGUCAGUCAGCCAUUUUCUCUCACCUUGCUAAGUCGCCGACUCGCUGUCGGUGGGCUUUCUCGACUCUCAUCGGAACGUAGUUUCUAAAUCACCAUCGGCUUCGUUGAGUCAUAGCCGCCACCGUGGUUGGCUCAUAAGUGAAGCAAAAUUGGAAUGGAGUGCGUGGUUCAAGGAAUUAUAGAGACUCAGCAUGUUGAGGCCCUUGAGAUUCUUCUUCAGGGUCUCUGUGGUGUCCAUAGAGAACGUUUGAGGAUCCAUGAGAUUUGCCUUAAAAGCGGACCAAACCUUGGGGUUGUAGCUUCAGAGGUUCGUCUUUUAUGUGAUCUUGAACACCCUGAACCCUCUUGGACUGUUAGGCAUAUAGGUGGUGCCAUGAGGGGUGCAGGUGCCGAGCAAAUUUCAGUUCUUGUUAGGACCAUGGUGGAAAGCAAAGCUAGCAAGAAUGUGCUUCGAUUAUUUUAUGCACUUGGCUACAAGUUGGACCAUGAGCUACUGAGAGUGGGAUUUGCCUUCCAUUUUCAAAGGGGUGCUCAAAUCACAGUCACUGUAUCUUCGGUUAAUAAGAUGCUAAAACUACAUGCUACUGAUGAGGCGGUGCCUGUAACUCCUGGUAUACAGCUGGUUGAAGUAACAGCACCUGCAUCAUCUGAAAAUUAUACUGAAGUUGUAGCAGCAAUGACCUCUUUUUGUGAAUAUCUUGCACCGCUCUUGCAUUUGUCAAAACCGGGAAUUUCUACUGGAGUGGUUCCUAGCGCUGCUGCAGCUGCAGCAUCGCUUAUGUCAGAUGGAGGUGGUACAACAUUAUAGCGGCAUGUGGAAAUUUACUUGGAAAAUUUGUGUUGAUAAUUGAGUUAAACGAUUUAUUCACAGGGCUAUCAAAUUUUGCUUUCUUUGAAGUGUCUAAUUCUCCAAUAGUGAGCUUCCUUUGAGUAGGAGUUUAUUUUGUUUUGUUUUGUUUUUUUUUUGUUUUUUUCCUUCCUGUUAUGAAAUUAAGAAUUUAAGCAGUUUCAUUACUUCA